AUGAUGGCCGGAGGUUUAAGCCCAUCUAAACCUGCAACUGAAGAAAUCCAAAAUAUGGUUGAUGAGGUAAAGCCACAAUAUGAAGAAAAGUCCAAUGAAGAAUGCGAGAAAUUUGAAGCUAUAUGUUUCAAAUCUCAAAUGGUUGCUGGGGUCAUUUACUUUGUAAAGGUAGCUAUUGGGAACGAUCAGUAUGUACAUUUGAAAAUAUUCAAACCUCUCCCUCAAAAGAAUGAGUCCAUGAAACUACUGGACUACCAGACUGGCAAAACUGAGGAGGAUGAACUGACUUACUUUUAG